AUGACGUGUUUUGUCCCAUAUAAUCUUGGAUUUGAACACAUCACAAGAGAAGAUGUAAUCAACGACCACACUCGCCAUCUAGCCCAAACAUUGUUCGGCGACAUAGACAAGAGUCAGGCCAUAUUGGUUUUAGAUGGAACCUAUAUAUACACCGCCAAGAGCAACAACUUCAGAUACCAACGCCGCUCUUACAGCAUCCACAAAGGAAGGUCGCUCAUCAAACCCAUGAGAAGGGACAAGAUGAGCACUAGUGAUGCCAAUAAGAGCAGACUUGUUACAAAGAUAAGAUGGGUAGUUGAGUCAUCCAAUGCCAGAAUCAAAAGGUGGCGAUAUUUGGACCGUACCCUCCCUACAAAUCAGAUCCCUUUCGUUGGAGAUUAUGUCAGAAUUGUAUGCGCCCUGUCAAAUAAGUUCUUCCCACCUCUGAGCAAAAGUCACAGUAUAGAGGAAGACGAGGCAGACGCAGCAAAAAUGCUUUAUCUGUCUAAACAGGUAAAUAAUCUCCAACGAUUGGUUGAAGAUAAUGGUCUAAACAGAAGGCCAACUCAGUGGCAGCCAGUCCCCGAGUGUGGAAUAGAGAACUUCCCCACCCUGGACGAGGAGCAGUUACGGAACUUGACUUGCGGGACCUAUCAACUGAAGCUUUCUCGCAGCUAUAUCCAAGAGCAUAUUGAUGGGGACUGUGACAUUUGGUUCCAUAAGGAUAAUGACAGGCUACUGCGGGUAAAGAUUCAGAGUCGCCACACAUCAUCAAAACAGUACUUGGUCUGUAUUGAGUUCUCUGACUGUUCGGUAGAUGCAUGGUACUGUACAUGCAGGGCAGGUGCCAGAGUAGUGGGUAUGUGCUCCCAUAUAGCGGCCAUCAUUUGGUACCUGUCAAAAGGAAGACAUGAGGGAGGGAAGUACGGUGUGCGUGAUUGGGGUGAGCAUGUUCUUGAUGCAGCAGACAUUCCACCUCCCGUUGAUGAGUCUGACAGUGAUGCGAGCAGUUGUGACAGUGUACCCGAGGAAUGAACAGUUACUGGUUGUGGUAGUUAAUAUCAUAAUUGUCUUAGCCAUAUUACCAUUGCUCUGUAUAUAUAAGAUGAAACUGUUAAGUUACCGACAGUUCGUAUUUUGAUCUUUUAAUUACUUGUUCUUGUUUGUGUGAGUUUUUGUUGUUGUUGUUGUUUU